GGGGGAGAAGAAGGCGAUGUGCACAAUAGCAUUGUCUCCGACCGGUGACACUGUUGCAAGUGGAAGCACAGACGGGACAGUGAGGUUGUGGGAUGUCGAGACGGGGAAGGUCAUCGCUAAAUUGACAGGGCACACUACGGCAGUACUGUCAGUGUGCUGGAGUGCCGAUCGCGAGCGGGUCGUGAGCGGGUCAUGGGACGGGACAGCAAGAGUAUGGAAUAUCAAUAGCGAAGAAACCAUCAUCGGUCCAAUCAAGACCGGGCACGAGUCCUGUGCAUGUGGUGAUGUACUCGCCCGAUGAAACAAAAAUGGCCACAGGAGGACACAAUGAGCAUGCGGUGAAAAUCUGGGAUGCCAAGACGGGCAACCUGCUUGACACACUCGAACACGAUCAAGCAGUUUUCAGUUUGGCAUGGGUGUCGAACGGAAAGAGACUUAUCUCUGCCUCCCGUGGCCCGAUCAGGAUAUUCGACACAACCACUUGGCAGCAGACCGCCAUUCUUGAAGGUCACACAAAAGUCGUCCGUGCCAUCUCCUUAUCUCGGAACGACCGCCUCCUUGCAAUUGGACUACCCCUUCAGCACAAACACCGUACUACUGUGGAAUGUGCAGCUUUUUCAGCUGAUGGAGAGUUGCUAGUCACUGGUGGCGAGAACAACAAUGUGUACGUCUGGGACGUUCUCGCCGUCCUCAAAGAAGCUGGUCUCAAAGACCUAUUACUGCCCAUUCCUGAUGCUGUAGAGUUGAUAGACACCGAUGCCACACGUGACGAAGAGGAUUAUCAAUCUGGCUUUUUUGAUAGUACUAAUGUGCGAUAUAACCAUUCCUCCGCAACAAACGGUAACCGUUCCUCUACCCAUCCCCGCCACAAUUCCCGCCACCGCCGCCCUCUCGCACCAUCUUUUGGGAAUGCAAGUGUGCUCAUUGCCCACCUUUCGACGCUAUUUCGCCGCACUCCCUCUAAUAUUCAUGAAGCAACCGAACUCCAGCAGCGUCCAAGGCGAUCUGUUUUCUCUCGUGUCGUUGAAGUUGCUGCAACGCGGGACAAACGGACACUAGUACAGCCACACGGCCAAUCACAAGGCCAGGCUCAGUCAUUACCAUCGCAAUCCCAGCAUGCUGCCGCACCGACGUCCACGACACCUCCUGCUCCUGAUACCAAUACUGCCACACCAGGUACAACAAGCGUACGGAUAAACCUACUUCCGUUGUUGGCUCGUCUCGUGCUCUUUCUUUGCUGUACAUCCCUCCCACACGCCAAUGAUCAUUAGUUUUAAUACAGGUGCAGCAUACGUAUCUUUGCUUUUAGCUCUCUUCAUUGUCACCGUCCAAGUUCGCUAGUUCUCGACACACAAACACAUCCCGCAUGAGGAUCAGACAAUCAAGCAUCUCCUUAUAGAAGAACUUUAGUGCAAUCAUACCAGGCUACCAGCGUCUAUCGCAAGUCUAUCGUGCCGAACUGACC